AUGGGUAACCUGACCGUAUGCGAUAGUUGGCGGGGCAUCCUGUUACUGUGUAUCGUUCUCAAAGUUCUCUGCAAAGUGAUCCUGAACCGGAUACCGGAGAAGAUUGACGCAACUCUCCGACGGCAGCAGGCAGGAUUCCGUGACGGACGAUCCUGUGCGGACCAUAUUGUCACGCUCCGUAUCAUCCUGGAGCAAGUCAAUGAAUUCCAAGAGUCUCUCUACUUAGUGUUCAUCGACUACGAAAAAGCUUUCGAACGUCUCAAUCAAGAAAAUAUGUGGGGAACCCUGAGACGCAAGCGAGUCCCUGAGAAAAUCAUUGGUCUACGAGGCAUUUUCGUGCAGAAUAUUGCACGAUGGUGUCUUGUCCAACCCCAUCCGGAUUCUAUCACCGCUAUUGUUCCUCAUCGUAAUCGACAAGAUCCUGGUAGGAGCGAUUGA